GAUACUGACGCGCCACUGAAGACACAUCAGUUGACGGUCGCUGGCGCUUGUGACUCAAAUAAUUACGAGUGUAUAAAGUUUGUGAUAACUCAACGUUGAGAGCGAAGGGUGCGUGGUGUUUUUAUUAGUAUGCUUUUUAAUGAAACGCUUUUAUGUUAGCGGCCAGGUAACGGAAAUACAUGAGGAAGUAGUUCAAUAAAAAGUCAAGUUACUAUGAAGGGUACAUCAAAUUUUCAGUUGUUGACAUUCCUGAUCGUGUACACGGGCAGUGUACACUCAAUCAUGGUGAAGUUUGGCACAAGAAAUGGACCAAUAGAGCCACCGGCACUCUCGCCACAGCCGCCGUCGCCGCGAGCUUUCCGCGAUCCAGCGCCGGUUUGGGAGGAACGAAGAAAUGACUUACCAGACCCAAACGCUCAUUGGAGACCACAACUUUUCAUUCCUCAACCGCGGUAUACCCAAGUUAUCUACAACGCCCAGCCUACUCAACAACCUCUAACCAAUGCCCAAAAGUUCGUCAACUCCUACAAACCAACGUACCAGCAACAGGAUAACACUCCACAGGUUCUCAGCUCCCAGAGUCUACCUGGAUUUGGAACAGCAUACUUCUUUCCUACUUACGCUAAUAAUUUGCAAGAAAGGAAAAUAUUGAGGCAAGAAGAUGCCAAACAUAAUCAGAUUGAACACAACUAUGUCGACACGUCAAGAGAUUCUUCUUCGGAUCUUCUCUGGAAAUAUGAGAAGGAUGCAGUUAGAAGAAAUCUGAGGAACACUUUGGAGGACACAGCGAGACCAGUAUACCAAGUGCAAUGGCCUGCAUACGUCCAUCCCCGGCAUUAGUUAACUAUUAUGUAACAUAGAAUGUACAAUUUCUAGAUACUUAUUCUCAUCUUUUUGUUCCGGUAUGUCUUACAAAUUUAAACAUCAUUGGUUAAAAUUGUUAAGGUUGCGUCUAAUAUGAAUCAUGAUCCACUUAAAUGGAAUUAGGAGGUUGUUUUUUGUUUUUAUUAUCUGUAGCACCUACCAAUUAUGUUUAAUUAGGUAUUGUGUGACCAUAGAGAUACAGUACAAAGCAAGAUUAAUGUUGCUUUAAGGCAAUUCUUAUCUUGUUCUUUUUAUAGAGAAUUAUAUUAUGUUGUAAAUAAUGUGCCAGAUUUUUUAAACAUAAUAAGGUAAUGGACCGGACAAGCAUCGAUACAGAGUACAAAAUCAUUUAAAAUUAUUUUUACAAACAUAAAAUUAUAGUUUAUUGAACUUUCAUACCUUCUUAGAAAAUAGGUAGUUGUAAAAAUAGAAUAAAUGUUAUUUGAAUCGGGUAUUUCAGAAAUACCAUAAGUCAAAUUUGUAUGAUUCUUAGAAUUUAAAAUAUAUGCAGCUCUAGAGUGGAUUAAUUUUCUUAACUACACAUAAUUUUGUGUCAUAUCCAGUCAUAUCUGCAUAGGUGCUAUGAUCAGGUCAUAUCCAACCAUAGCUACAUAUCUCUUUACGUUUACCUACAGAAAAUUAAUUUACCUAAUAAAUAAUCUGUAACUUAUAUGCUGUUUAGAAUGAAUGAAAACAAACGAGAUUUAUAAAGAUUUACAAAUAUUAUCGGUUUUAUUACAAAAAAAUAUUUAAACAUGGAUUAGACACGUGUUUAUAACCACGUCUAAAAUGUAGUAUAUCUUUUUCUAUUCCAAAACAGUGCUUAGCUUGUGUUUAACUAAAACGUCGUUAAGCGCAACAUAAACUGAAGUAUACAGGAACUAUUAAAGGAAAAGAACGCAAUUUUUGACAGCUGUCAUCUAGCUGUCAUCAUAAUAGUAUGAUCGAUUUCUUCCAUAUGAAUAUGACCUAUCCGUUAGACACAUCAUAGACAAGCUUCGAAUCGUGUGUAAAUAUAAGCAAUCUCUAUAUAUACAUUACAGAUUUGUAAUUUAGAACUUUUUAAAACAAGUGUUCAACACAUGUUUAACUUUUUUGUAAUAACACAGUAUGAGUUUUUACGCAUGAUUGUUCAAUGGUUUUAUUCUAUUUAAAAUUUAUAUAGUCAUAAUAAGUAUACAAAAUAUAUAGCGGAAACGAUUACUACACUUAUUAAGGAUAUUUUUUUAAACUUAAGUUUGUUUUUUCAUAACAGGUAGUUCAUAUAAUUGAACGUAAUAUAGGAUUGAGAGCUUAGAUUAAGGAUUGGUCUCCGCUACGUUCCAACUAGAUACCGCACUACCUAAGAACAAUAGGAUUUUUAUUACAGCAAAACUUAGAUGCUUGUAUGCGUUGCAUCUUGACACUCAAAGGCAUCUUUCAAAUUUUGUAACAAACACUUCGUGUUAUUUAACAUUGAAAUUAAUAAAAUACAAAAUAAUUACUAAUAAUAUUUGAUCUCAGUGUAUUCCUCAUUUCUUGUAGUAUUAUAUUUAGAAAGUUUUACUACGCAACCUGGCAUUUUAGUUUCAAUUAUUAGCAAAGUUUAAAAAACCACUUUGCGACUACGCCUGCAGUAUCUAUUUAGAGUGCAGCGGAGACCAAUCCUUAAUCUAAGAUGGAGAGAUAAUCUCAUCCAUUUUCUUAUUGUACGAGUAAAGUUAAGUAAUUGUAUCAAAGAACAGCAAUGUUUUCGACAUUGUCAUCAUUAUCAAACAACAAUAUCGAGAGUUGUUUUCCAACAAAGAUUGUCAUCAAAGUAAUUUGAACAUCUCUGUUCACAUACCAUAACAAAUUACUCUAAACCAUAUUGCUUCUGUCAUUAAGUUUUCUUUCUUGUUAAUGUUAUACAACCCUAUUUUUACAUUGUAAAUACAUUACAGCUUCAAGUGUUUUUGACGAUUUGUUUUUUAUACGUAUAUAUAUUUUAGUAAUCUUUAAUUAGUUUAAUAAAUAUUUUAAUUGUAAAUAUGUACAAUAAAUAAUUAAUGAAAUCUAUAA